AUGACCAACCCAUUUGAGAAGACCGAAAACUGGAUCGAAACCGGACCGGACGGCCAUCAUUUCUACGUCAGGAAGAAGCAGCCACCAGCACUCCCUUCUUUCAAGGCCAUCUUUCGGGAGGCUGUCCACGAUCUGUGGCACGGUCCGUCACCGUUCUGGAAAGAUUUCAAGCGAGCCAGCACGCAACGCGCCGCCAUCAACACAGCAGCCGCAGAUGGUCCGCAAAUAUUUUGCCCUUUCCGAAACACCAGCUGCUCAACUAUCCACCCUCCCAAUAUGCAGCCUCAUCACGAUGACCCGAGCAGUAAGCAGCCGCGUGGCAUCCUCAAACCUGAUCCACAGAGAUAUCCAUCCGACGCAAACGGCGGUCCUCCACUGGCUGGCGUGCCCCCGUUCAUCCAGCCUAUUCCCCAACGCCAACAAAUGCAUGCUACGCAAUAUAACCCUCAGCAGCCGUUCGGCGGGUAUUCGGCUCAACUCGGCUACAACACAGCGCAAGUGUACAACCCGUUGCAGCGGCACCUAUCCACGCAUAACCUUCCUCCAGGCCUAACGCAGCCAGUGGGCGGCUUUCAAGGACAACCUCUGCCACAGGGAGCCGGAGCCAUUAGUCCACCACGAUAUCCCACUCAAGAAGACCUCAAAUACAAGUGCGCUGUUUGUGGCCGGUUUCGGUCUACCAGAUACCACUACAAGCACCCACUUGCGCCAGGUCAGCUGCCAGGCAUAACAAUCUGUCGCAAUUGUCGCGAUGCGGCCACCGACAGCGAAGACGAGAGCAUCGUCAGUACAGACAGCUACGUUCAUCAAGCUCGUCCGCAUCGCCGCAACUCUAGAGGCUUCAGCCGCGCCUCUUCCGUUGGCCAUCGCACAAAGAGUGGCUCGAAUUGCCGUGGUCGGUCUCGCAGCCGCCCUGUUGCGUCCGACGAUGACACCUAUCUCGAUGAUGGGUAUCGUCAACGCCGACGUUCUAUGUCCAGGUCAAGCUCUAUUGAGAACGAUCAGUCGAUGCGAUCCCGAAGUGUGCUUGUGCCUCGGCGACGUUCUCCAAGUGUGGAGGAGCUCGAGAUCGUAAGACGACCUAGACCCCGCCCAACGCGUCGCGUGAUCUGCGUGGACGAAGAAGAAUCUGGCUACACUUCCGAGUAUGACGAGAAUGAUAUUGAUGUCAGGUCGUAA